UCCAGAUUAGAAAGCACGGCGCUUUGCAACCUAGUGACAACUUAGCAGUACUCAUGUAGCCUGUGAGAAGCUGUCUUUAGUGUGGAUUAAAAAGAGAAAGAUUUCCAUGAUUUCUGGAGUGACUUAUGCAAGAUAAUAAAUUAUCCUUAUUUUGAACAGCUUGGAAGAAAGCCACAGCUUGUGACUUCUGGAAAAUAGCAUGGGCCAACACAGAUGAAUGUAUUCAUGGUACCUGCUUGCAAUAUUAUCACUUUCUCUCUCUGUCGUGGACAACCAUCAAAACUUUAUCAAGAUCAACAGAUGUCCUUCAAACGCCAACACUGGCCUUUCAAUGAAGCUUUUGGUACUGCUGCUAAAUGACCCUGCAACAUUGUCCAGUUGUCACCUAUUAUAUGCAUACAAAUUGAAAUUAAUCAAUGAAAAACUGUUGUAUCCAUGUGUAUAGCUUCUGAACUGAGUUCUAAAAAGACUGCAGGAAAUUUCAGGCUGUUACAGGAAUGUGGGUAUUACCAGCUGCUUAGCAGAUGAUGGUUCGUCGUGGGAUAGUAGCAUGGCUCCCUCGAAUAGUAGUUCUGCUUGUGUUCCUCUGCUGUGCAGCAUCUGUGUUCUACAUGUUGACCUGCACUCCAAGAGGUAACCAUCAGCAACUUGCAUUCCUCAGAGUUAACAGCCCGACAGGAAAAGAAGAAUAUCAGGCAAUCCUACAAGAAAGAGAACAGUAUUAUUGGGACCACAUCAACAGUCUGAAGAGGCAGAUUGCUGAGCUGAAGGAUGAGCUUCAGGAAAAGAGUGAACAGUUGAAGAACAUUCAGGGUUAUGAUACUGACUCACUGGGGGUUAGACUAGACCCAGGGAACUCUGAGAAGUCCCAGAAAGCCCUGUUGCAAUUCCUCCAAUCCCAGAUUGACAAAGCAGAGAUACAUACUGGCAUCAAGCUAUCGACUGAGUAUGCUGCACUGCCCUUUGAGAGCUUUACCCAACAAAAAGUGUAUCAGCUGGAGAUGGGACUUACACGUCAUCCUGAGGAGAAGCCUGUGCGGAAGGACAAGAGGGAUGAACUGGCACAAGCUAUUGAAUCAGGCCUGGAGAUUUUAAAUAGUCCAAAGAGUAACAGCAACACAAACCAUCGAAUAUACUCCAUCUCUGACUUCAUAGAAGGCAUUCACCGGACUGAAAGAGAUAAAGGCACCCUCUAUGAAUUGACAUUCAAAGGAGACAAAGAAUAUGAAUUCAAGCGCAUUGUUCUGUUCAGACCGUUUGGCCCCAUCAUGAAUGUUGCAAAUGAAAACCUCAAUAUGGCCCACACCCUUAUUAAUGUCAUAGUGCCACUGGCAAAAAGGGCCAGUAAGUUUCAACAAUUUAUGCACAAUUUCAGAGAGGUGGGUAUGCAGCAAGAUGGAAGAAUUCACCUGACUGUAGUUUACUUUGGAAGUGAACAAAUGAGUGAAGUCAAAGGAAUCCUAGAAAACAUAUCCAAAUCAGCUAACUUCAGGAAUUACACGUUUAUCCAGCUGAAUGAAGCAUUCUCUAGAGGGAAAGGUCUGGAUGUGGGUGCAAGAUUUUGGAAAGGAAACAAUGUUGUACUUUUUUUCUGUGACGUAGAUAUAUAUUUCACAACAGAAUUCCUGAACACGUGUAGACUGAAUACCCAACCAGGAAAGAAAGUAUUUUAUCCUGUUCUUUUCAGCCAGUACAACCCAAGUCUAAUAUAUGGACACCACGAUUCCAUUCCACCCUUAAAACAACAGCUGGUAAUAAAAAAAGAGACAGGGUUUUGGAGAGACUUUGGGUUUGGAAUGACUUGUCAGUUCCGUUCUGAUUAUAUCAAUAUUGGAGGGUUUGAUCUUGGCAUUAAAGGAUGGGGAGGAGAAGAUGUACAUCUGUACCGUAAAUACCUUCACAGCAACCUCAUGGUGAUCAGGACACCAGUCCGGGGUCUUUUCCACCUCUGGCAUGAAAAACAUUGCUUAGAUGAGUUGACCCCAGAACAGUAUAAGAUGUGCAUCCAGUCUAAAGCCAUGAAUGAAGCUUCUCAUGACCAGCUAGGCUUGCUGGUUUUCCAACGGGAGAUUGUGGCUCAUCACCACAAACAAAAAGUAAACGGUAGGAACAUAUGAAGCCAAAAUGGGUCUUUCACAAAGCAAAAAAGUCAAACUUAGAAUGGUACUCUAAGAACAGAUACUGGGGAGAGGAAGUUCCUGGACUUGCAGGGCUCUUCAUAAUGUUUUAGAUGUUUUAGAUACCCAGUAUCAUACAAAUGAAUGUGGUCUGGUAAGACAGACCUUCUCUUGGUUUCUCUUGCCUUUUCAUCUCCAACCCUGUGGGCUCCCAAUCUCCAGAAAAGUUUUGGGACUACACAGAGAGAUGAAGAGAAAGAUGGAUAUAUUUUGCUGAAAUAUAACAUGUGACCAGUGAAGUGACACCAUUUAUUUUGGGCAAUUGCUUCAUAUUUGCUUUUCUAACUUUGGUUGAUACAUGAUUGGAUUGUACAAAGCAUUGCAUUUUAUCAGGUGGGUAGCCAGGUGCUUUUGAACUGUUUUCACGAAUGGGAAUGUCUGUGGAGACUGAAUACCAAGAAAGCUGUUCAAAUAAGAUUGGUGAUAACAGACUGUAUCAGUUCUAGCUAUGCUCUGUAUUUACCUCUGCAUAACCACAUCUGAUCACACUUAUAUACCCAGUGCAGUGAGAAGUUGAAUGGGCCAUGUGGAGGGACAUAAUAAAUAUUUCUUUCUGGCCUGGGCCACUUACAUGCUGAACUUGAAGCUGUUCAAAGAAAGUCAAUCACUCCUACAUUCCAGAAGCCAUAUUCUCAAGAAGUUACCACAUUUCAUAAGACCCAAAUGAAAUUACAUAUUAAUCUCUUAAUCCAUCUUAAACCUGAUAGAACAAAAUACAAUCAGUUUCUAUUUUACGUUAAUGAUUAAAAAGAUGGAUUUGGGGGAGGUUGAAUGCUAAAUACCUAAAGUUUAAAAGGGGCAAAGACAUGACAUAGUUCUACAUAUGGAAUCUAGAACUAUAAAAUAUAAUCCCCCAGUUAAAAAAUAAAAAAGCUGUGUUUGUUUAAACUGUGAAUUGUCAUAUAGUUGCUAGCUCUUGGAUGCUAUGAAGUAUUAAUUUAUUUGACCUCAGUCAUGCACUUUUGGUUUUGUAUAACUUUGCUUCUAUUUAAAUGUAAAAACUUGCUGAAAGUAGCACAUUGUAAUACAGAAGAUAGACACUUUACAAAUGGAUUUCACUUUAUCAAAUACAUUUACAACUAAGUUAUGCCUCUCAUUUAACAGCUGUAGUGAAAGUAAUUGGAAUAUGAACCGCAUAUAUCUAAAGAGAGAUAUUUAGCUAUAUUUCUUGGACAAGAAUUCAUAAGCAUUGGAAAUUGACAGAGCUAUUUCAGCCUAAUGAAUAAGAAAUACAUGAAAGCUCAGAUGAAGGGGCCAUCUCUUCACUUGUUUGUAACUCCAUCCAUUUUUCUGCAUAACUGUUGCAGUCAUUCCCUGACCUCAGUCCUUCACUAUGAUUUUAUACAAUGCUUCAGAUAGAACUAUUGUUUAUAAGAUAAAUGCAGGCUGUUGUAAAGCAAAUGCAAGGAAAUUUUCCCCUGGGGCACUUAGAAGAGAGCGCCAGUGGGAAGCGGCUGAGUGUUCACCUGCCCUAAGGGGAGAGUAUACAGCUUUGUUGCACUCCUUUGCCAACCUGGAGCCAGUCUUUUUCGCCAUGUUCUGUAUAUAUUGUUUCUCAUGAGGACAGUCAGAUCUUCUGGGGUUCCCGUUUUUCUGAGCACAUUCCACAACUUGAUGUGGAAUUGAAGGCCUUUCUAUAAUUGAUGAAGCAC